AUUAUAAUGGCCCUAAUGUCUCGUCUAUUGAUUUUGCCGUUUGAAACUAUAACUGUAAGCCUCUUUGCAGUUUUAUCCAUGUAGUGCGUAGAUGUGUACCAGAUAAUCUAAGUACAAGCGUUUUGGUUGCCCCUCCGACGAGAUCCAGCCCUGCCCGGUGAGGCCGCCCGGAACAAACCGACCACAGAAACCGAUGAUCACUAGGCGUCGCAUAAUCGAGCGCAAAGACUAGAUCCUCAAGAAGAGUCUGGUGCUCUACAGGCUCAUGUCUAGAGCCAGAAAUCUUUCAAUAGGUCGUCGCGCGUCGAUGCCUGGGCUACAACUUUUGAGACAGCUAUAGGCGGGGUCCUCGAAUAGAGAGGACAUGCCUACCUGCGAAACAGAGGACGACGAUUCGGCCAAACCCCAAGCUCCAACUACGCCGCAACGAUCCCCGGCCGUCAGGCAUCCCAGGAAUGGCAGUGGUGACGGGAAGGCGGCAGCAAACAAAGUAUCUGGCCCGCGCAAUGCGCCAGUUCGAGGGAAGGGGGGCGGAAAGAAGCCGGAGCCGACGCUGUUGGCGGACUUUCUCCUAGGACGACCGUCUGUUGAUCGAACGCGGCGCAGGAGUUCUGCCGUUGCUCCUCCUGCAGAGUUUAAAGCUAGUGCGGUAAACAAAUUGCAGCCGCCAGGCGGAGUCAAAUAUAGGGUGAAGCAAUGGCAACAAUCAAGCGCGGCUGCGGUGAUCGAGGAUCCGGCAGCCCCAACAAAGAAACCGGAUGGCGGAUACUUGAGUAGCGACGUGGAGAACGAGCAACAACCGCCCGCAGAACCACAUCUUGCCGUCAAACCCGAAAAGAGAAAAAACGCCUCGCCUCUUCCCCCGAGGGCGAGAGGCACGCCUAGGAAGAGAGUGGUUAGCGAUAGCCACUGGGUCAGGAACCGAAAAAAGAGCCCACAAACAAAACAAGACCCCUUGCUAAAUCUAAUCGUCGACCCUGCCGCCAUCAAAAAGAGUCUCACAACAAAGGCUGCAGACACGGGGAAACGCCUCCCAAAAGACUUUGUGAAAUCCAACUGGGCCAAUCCGCCGCUCGAACGCAAAAUACAAGACUGGGCUGCGCGGAUCGAUGGACAUCAGUCUACCUCACACAGCGGUACUACCGAAGACGUGGCAGACACCUUGCCUACCUCCGUUUCAACUUCCAGUGCUAAGAAAGCAGAGACGCCUGUUAAGAAAGCCAAGAUACCUACAAAAGCAAAGACGCCAGAAAAGCUCGAUAAGUCGAAGCGUCUGCCAAAGGAUUUUGUUAAAUCCAAUUGGGCCAACCCACCACUGGAGCGCAAGAUACAAGACUGGGCAGAGAGAACAGCCAAACACAAUGAAAUCCCAGACGAAGAGAAUCCUGAAGAGCAGUCCGAAGACAAGCUCGAUGAGAAGCCCGGGGAGAAGCCUGAGGAGGAGACUGAGUCCAUAUCAGAUACGCCAUUACCUGCAAAGCCUACCAAUUUAAAGAGGACUCCGGCAAAGAAAAGCAAACCAAUCAAACCCAAAAGCUCUCCCAAGGAAUUUGUUGAAAAUCUUUUGGCAAAGCCACCUCUUGAGCGCAAGAUCCAAGGCUGGAUGGGACUCACAGACAAACUCAACGACAACAUGCGUGGAGAGAAGACCGAGACUGUGGUAUACCCCGAUUUAAGUGGCCCUGCUAAAACCACCACUUUGAAAAGGGGCCUGGCAGGAAGGAAAAGCAAGCCAAAGGGCCUUCCGAAGGAUUUUGUGGAAUCGAACUGGGCAAAUCCACCUCUUGAGCGCAAGAUGCAAGAUUGGGCAGCGCGUGUGAACGGGCAUGACACAGUUCCACACGAUGAAGAAGCGACAGAACUCGUGCCCGACUUACCGACAAAUCCUAGCAACCUAAACAGCAAGUCAGUCACAAGCACAAGAAGUCCAAAUGGGAUUCGGAAAGGAUAUGUAGAGGCCAACUCGGUCAACCCACCCUUUGAGCGCAAGAUUCAAGAUUGGGUUACACGAACAAACGAUUCAGAUAUAGCUCCGCAUGAGGAGAGAUCAAAAGUAACACCAAGGAAGGUUUCAAGACAUGUUGAGGAUGGAAAAUCAUCUGAAGUGCAAAAGAGCACAGGAGAAGCUGAACCUCUUGGUGUUGCUCGUGCAAAGGUUGUGAGGGAAAACCCCCUAAGUCUACCGCCUGCGCCUAGCGAUAUUGAUAGUGCCGUCGAUAUAAGGCCCAUGAGUCAAAACCAACUCAAAGAGGAGACAAUGGGAAAGGCACGUGAGAAUAACCCGAAGCGCAAUAGAAGUAAAUCGAAGAUUGGACGGAGGGGGGCUAUUCACGGAACAGUCAGGCCAAACGCUAAGAGGUUCGAUUCUGUGCAAGACCAGGACACUACAAAACAAGGCGACGAUACCAACAGCCAGCUACAGAGCCAGGUCGACAAGGACAGGGAGCGCCGUCUUGCGAAAGAAGAGAACGCAAGAAGGCAAGACAGGUUAGCUAAUAACAAGGAUCCAACAAGGUCGCGGGAUCUACGAACUCUAGCUCCCCUGAAGGGUGCACAAAUAGACCAGACGCGCCAGGUCAAAGCUAAAGAAUAUUUCGAUCUCGAUCUCCGACACUCGAAUGGCCAGCGCAUGGCAUGUGAAGUUGAACUCAUAGUCAGAGAUAGUGAUCAUGAUGCUGGAGAUAUUCUGAUCUGUGAAGUCAACGCCCGACGCAGCCACUAUCUGCUAUUUCAACCACUGCUCACCGAACAAAUUUCUGUCCGAAGAGGGGACAUGGAGGACGAUUUGAUUGUCAUGGCUCGCGGCCAGGAUGGAACUACUGACUGGCAAGAAUGUUUCAUAUUGAAGGCUGAACACGGAGACGUUGUGGACGAGUUUAUGGUCAUGUUCAGCGACAAGCCAAUUCCACCUGCUAUAUCACGCUUUGACCCUGAGCCCCUUGAGUAUGAUUCUCCUGGAAAAGCCUUGAUGAGCGGAGCACUGGUGUGCCCAGACUCACCAGAUGUGCCUAUUGGCGAGCAUGCAGGAUUCCGAGACCAAACUCCCCAAGCAAGCCCUAAAGCUGUCGACCCCUUUGUUUCGGGCGAUAGCCACUCUAAGGGACGAGCAGACUACCGUCUCUCUCUCACUCCAACACAAAGAGACAGAGCUAUUGAGCCUGUUUCACCACAUACAACACCAACAAGAUACCGACCUCGACCAAAAGAGCCUUCGCUUGCUACACCAACGAAGGCUUAUCCAAACCCAGCUUCAAAUGAGAAAUCAGUUUCACAGUCAACUUCAGUUGCUCCAGGUCACGCUUCAGCUACAGAGCCACCUCCACCACCUGCUCAUAAGCAAACAUCCUCCCCAGAUGUUGCCACGGAAUUGCAGUCAUCGCACAGCACAAGCUAUGAGCUAAAGCAUCGUCGGUCAUCCUCGCCCUUGAAGCACGAGUACCAGCCUUCCGACUACACAACUAGUUCGUCAACAUCUUAUGUGACGGACUCAGAAGACGAUGAUUCAUCUCUUGAGUCUUCAGGCGAUGGCUUAACAGGAACAGAAGACGUUGUAAGCCAACUGCAACAGGUGAACGAUGCUGUCCUUCCAGAUAUCCGUCUCGAGCCACCACAAACAUCAUACUGCUUGAAGUUCAAGGCUCACAUCUCAUGCUGGCGGGUACCUCCAGGACGAUGGGACGAUAUCCAUUUGAAUCUUUGCACGGUUGUAAUUACGCCAGGCUUGAUUGAGGCUUACCCCUUGGAGGCUUUUGACGCCUUAAGCACUGAUUCGCCGAAUAAUGCAAAGCCAAGCGGACGACCGCUCAUUGCGCUUGUCUUGACUCCGAUUGUGAUGCUCCGCCAAAGUAAUCCGUUGGAUAUUGAGAUACAUUCUCAGCCAUUAGAAACUUCCCUGUUGAAGAGCACCCACAUUGUCCGAUUCAGAUCUCGGAACAGAAGCGAAUGCAUGGCCGCAUAUACCGCUGCUAACAGGGCUAGACAAGACAAUGAGAAAUAUAAUCGCCUGCAACGUGACCGCGAAUUGAACGACUACGACGGACAAGCUGGCAAUGAAUGGGAUGAACGCAAGGCUCGCUACAGUUGGUUUGGGCGAAAGAAAAGCUACAGAGCGUCGGUUCGGGCUUCAUCCUUCUCAGGCUCCGAUGGAAGCACUUUCUCUCUCGGACGAACAGCGUUUAUGGCACUGAGACGCAUGAGCAAUGGGGCCAAUGGCCGUCUGACUCCAAAUAUGUCCAGGUUUGAGGGUGGUGGCCCCAAAUCAAGAGGCUCAAGUAUCUUCGCUACGGACUCGGCGCCGUCUUCAUCUCCUCGGACCCGAACGGAUUCAAGCAUGGCAGCAUCAGGCACCGGCAACACCUCAGUUUUCGACACAAAUAACUUGAUCAUCCGAGUUUACCGUGCCGAAGUCGCCUCUCGGUGGUUGGACUUGGGACAUUGCCGCAUAGUAAUUGGGGUGCCUCCGCCAGGGAUGUUCCCAGACACCCGAUUGAACUAUGGAGUUCUAAAGCACGUGACCCUGACCCACCAUACCGUGGAGAGACCAAAGCUCCUCGACAAGCACUUGGGUAUCACGAACCCUCCAAAAGAGAACAAGGAACAAGUUGUUUUCUUCGAUGGCGUCCUCGGCGCCCGUCGUUUCACUCGUGUAAACAAGAUCGGCAUCGUUAUGAACGUCGAGGAAGAGGUAUUUGGGCCAAAUGGCGAAAUCGGAAUGCCUGGAGCUGUAGGUGGAAUAGGAGCGAGGCAGAGGAAGUGGAUGUUCAAGUGCUCGAACUCUACUCAGGCUGGAUGGAUUUUUUCUUUGUUGGGAGGUGGUGGCUGAUCUAAUGGAACGAGACGGUGCUAUUAUGUAUGUGAGGUAUAUAUAUGGAAGAGGUUGACAUUCGACGAUGAUGACGCCACGAAGGCAUGCCAUUUUAGAGGUAUGAUGGGUCUGCAUAAUUGUUUCUAGCACUGAAUAUGGCGGGUUUUUAUCUGUUGGAGUAUUUAUGGUUGGCUGGGGGUUGGGUGGCUGGGAGGGUCUGCGGUUAUCGUUGGCUAUUAGAGCCUGUAUUGCAUAUUUUCGAUGUAAAAACAUCAUCCGUUUCAUAAGCAGAUAACAGAAUACAC